AUGGUAGUUUCUGUACAGAAAGAUAUCAACGAAUGUGAACGGGAUGCUCCGUGUCAUGCAAAUGCAACUUGCACAAACGUGGAAGGAUCAUACUACUGCACUUGCAAAACAAACUACAGUGGAGAUGGCUUCUUUUGUGAAGUUCUGGUUUGCACAGUGGAUGCCUUAUACUAUGCAACAACCAGUGCUAUCAAAGGCGUGUUCUCCGACGGUAGCACGACUGUGACCAUAUUAUCCGCAACCAACGUGAAACUAAAUUAUGAUUCUGGCACCAAAAGGCUCAUCUACUACGAUGGUAGCAAACUCAUCACAGUUAAACUGGAUGGGAGUGAUCCGAUCACAAUCAGAGAAUCUUUGACGACUCUGGACCGGUUUACUGUGGAUCAUAUAAAGAGAAAGGUUUACUUCAUUACUAAUCUUUUCAGGAAAGUGAGAAUGGUUGACUUGGAUACUGGAAAUUUAACUGAUCUAAAUCCCACCGACAUUGUCAAUGCCGGUGACUUGGACAGUGAUUCAACUAACAGUUCCCUUGUAUUUUCUGGCGCCACCAGUGGGGAUAUUGUUCGCUAUUUCCUUGAAAACGAUACGCAGAAAGUCAUUUACCACAACAAUACAUCACCCAAAUAUCUGACUGUUGACUCUCAGAAUGAAGUUAUAUAUUGGAUCAAUUAUAUCAGCGUUAGUGAUAGCUAUUCUCUCAUGAAAACAUACUUUAAUGGCUCAACUUCAGAAGUCAAGUUCUACCCUGGUACAACAAGUUCAGUAAACGUUGCAAUAGGGAAAGAUAAUUUCUAUGUAAUGGAUAGCACAAGGAAACGUAUAGAUGUGUUUGACAGGCCCACUGCUAUUUUUCAAGAUUCAUUUUUCCUCAGUGAUUCACCGCAAGAGCUAACUGUCGUUGAAGAUAUAGAUGAAUGUUGUGUUGGUGGAUAUUGUCAUGAUAACGCAACGUGUACAAACACACCGGGAAGUUAUUUCUGCACAUGCAAACCAGGAUUUGUUGGGAAUAACACACAUUGUGAAGAGGCCAAUGAAUGCCAAAAAAAUUCACCAUGCCAUCCUAAUGCGGCGUGCAACUACACAGACGGAUCAUUCAUCUGCUCAUGUAAAUACGGAUAUAGUGGAGAUGGAAUUAACUGCACUGAUGUCAACGAAUGUAGCGCAGAUUCACAUAAUUGCCAUUAUAAUGCCUUUUGUAACAAUACUGACGGUUCUUUUAAUUGUACGUGCAAAGACGGCUACUUCGGGAAUGGAACAGACUGCCAAGAUGUCAACGAAUGUAAUACAACGACUCACAAUUGCCAUCACAAUGGCUACUGUAACAAUACUGAUGGGUUUUUUAAUUGUACAUGCAAAAAAGGCUACUCAGGAAACGGAACAGAUUGUCAAGAUGUCAACGAAUGUAAUACAGGCACUCACAAUUGCCAUUACAAUGGCUACUGCAACAACACUGAUGGUUCUUUCAAAUGUACAUGUAAAAAAGGCUACUUGAGAAAUGGAACAGACUGCCAAGUUUACAAAAGAGGAGAAGUUGAAUAUAUUUUCUUAUCAAAUGGUACUCAUAUUACGUAUAUUCCUGUUGAUGGCGGAGACCCCAAGAUCUUUGCGCGUGUAGAACACACAGCCUUUGCUUACGACGAGCUUAGGUACCGCCUUUGGUUUGCGUGUGGUGAUAGCGUGUGUAACGCGAAUUUGGAUGGAAGUGAUUUAAUAACUAAUACGGUUCCAUCACGUCUUGGUCCAUUUGCUCUUGAUGCAGCGAAUCGACGUAUUUUCUAUCUUAACUAUUCUGAUCAUCACCUCAAGUCGAUUGAUUAUGAUGGGAACAGUUUACCAGAUAUUGGUGUGUCACCAAAUAAUAAUUUCACGGAUUUGCAAGUCGACAUUCACAAUAGAUUUAUAUUCUUCACCGCUAAGAACAAUCUUAUCCGGUACAGUCUUGACGAUGGAACUAAUCGAACUCUUCACGCAGGUUUAUCUGGAAAAGUCACUCAUCUCAUGCUGGAUACCGCGAAUAAAGCUGUGUACUUUAUUUUGUUUAUAAAUCCAGUCCAAUACUUUUUACUCAAAACAACGUACGAUGGUCUGACUACACAUACUGUUGCACUAGGUUUCAAUGAUGGAUAUGCUGGUGUAGACAUUGCGGAGGGAAAUGAAUAUUAUUAUCUCCUUCACAGAAGGUCUCAAAUUAUAAAAUUUGACAAAUCAUCAGAUUCUGUAGUUUCUACGAUUCCACUAACUACUAAUGCCGAUCGAAUACUCAUUGCAUUUGACGAAGACCAUUGUGCUUUAAAUAACACCUGUCCUGCAGACUUGAUAUGUACAAAUUCCCCUGGCACCGCUGUAUGUUCAUGUGAGGCAGGAUUCACUCGAAAUCAGACGUAUUGCCAAGACAUAAAUGAAUGUUUAAAUGACCCAUGCCGUUACAAUGAAGUCUGUAAAAAUACUAAUGGCUCAUAUAUUUGUGAAUGUCAAGCAGGAUAUGAAAAAAAUGGAACGAAUUGUACAGACACAGAUGAAUGUUUGAAUGACCCAUGCGGCUUCAAUGAAAUCUGUGCAAAUACUAAUGGUUCGUACAUUUGUGAAUGUAAAGCAGGAUAUCAAGGAAAUGGAACAACAAAUUGUACAGAUGUCAACGAAUGUAAUACAAGGACUCACAAUUGCCAUCACAAUGCCUACUGCAACAAUACUGACGGGUAUUUUAAUUGUACAUGCAAAAGGGGCUACUCAGGAAACGGAACAGACUGCCAAGAUAUCAACGAAUGUAGUACAGGUUCUCAUAAUUGCCAUUACAAUGGCUAUUGCAACAAUACUGAUGGUUCUUUCAACUGUACAUGUAAAAACGGCUACUGGGGAAAUGGAACAGAUUGCCAAGAUGUCAACGAAUGUAAUACAAGGACUCACAAUUGCCAUCACAAUGCCUACUGUAACAAUACUGACGGUUCUUUCAAUUGUACAUGCAGAAAAGGCUACUCGGGAAAUGGAACAUACUGCAAAGAUAUCGACGAAUGUAGUGAAGGUUCUCAUAAUUGCCAUUACAAUGGCUACUGCAAUAAUACUGAUGGUUCUUUCAAUUGUUCGUGUAAAUACGGCUACUGGGGAAAUGGAACAGACUGCCAAGAUGUAAACGAAUGUAACACAAGGACUCACAAUUGCCAUCACAAUGCCUGCUGUAACAAUACUGAUGGGUAUUUCAAUUGUACAUGCAGAAAAGGCUACUCAGGAAAUGGAACAGACUGCCAAGAUAUCGACGAGUGUGGUGCAGGUUCUCAUAAUUGCCAUUACAAUGGCUAUUGCAACAAUACUGACGGCUCUUUCAAUUGUACAUGUAAAAAAGGCUACUUGGGAAAUGGAACAUUCUGUGAAGAUGUCGACGAAUGUAAUACAAGAACUCAUAAUUGUCAUCGCAAUGCCUACUGUAACAAUACUGAAGGCUUUUUUAAUUGUACAUGCAAACAAGGCUAUUCAGGAAAUGGAACAAAUUGCCAAGAUGUCAACGAAUGUAGUGCAGGUUCUCAUAAUUGCAAUUUCAAUGCGUUUUGUAACAAUAAUGACGGUUCUUUCAAUUGUACAUGCAAAGAUGGUUACUUUGGAAAUGGGAGAGUCUGCCAAGAUGUCAACGAAUGCAUUAUAGGAACUCACAAUUGCCAUCAAAAUGCUUACUGCGACAAUACUGACGGGUAUUUUAAUUGUACAUGCAAACAAGGCUACUCAGGAAAUGGAACACACUGUAAAGAUGUCAAUGAAUGUGAAACUGAUUCACCAUGUCACUCGAAUGCGACAUGCAACAACACAGAUGGAUCUUACAUUUGCACGUGUGACUCUGGAUAUAGUGGAAAUGGAUUAACCUGCUCUGAUAUCGACGAAUGUAGUGAAGGUUCUCAUAAUUGCCAUUACAAUGGCUACUGUAGCAAUACAGACGGUUCUUUCAAUUGUACAUGUAAAAACGGCUACUGGGGAAAUGGAACAGACUGCCAAGAUGUCAACGAAUGUAACACAAGGACUCACAAUUGCCAUCACAAUGCCUACUGUAACAAUACUGAUGGGUAUUUCAAUUGUACAUGCAGAAAAGGCUACUCAGGAAAUGGAACAGACUGCCAAGAUAUCGACGAUUGCCGUGCCGAAUCUCAUAAUUAUGUCAACGAAUGUAAUACAACGACUCACAAUUGUCAUUACAAUGCCUACUGUAACAAUACUGAUGGGUUUUUCAUUUGUACCUGCAAAAAAGGCUAUUCUGGAAAUGGAACAGACUGCCGAGAUAUCGACGAAUGUCGUGCAGGUUCUCAUAAUUGCCAUUACAAUGGCUAUUGCAACAAUACUGACGGCUCUUUCAAUUGUACAUGUAAAAAAGGCUACUUGGGAAAUGGAACAUACUGUGAAGAUGUCGACGAAUGUAAUACACGAACUCAUAAUUGUCAUCGCAAUGCCUACUGUAUCAAUACUGAAGGCUUUUAUUAUUGUACAUGCAAACAAGGCUAUUCAGGAAAUGGAACAAAUUGCCACGAUGUCAACGAAUGUAGUGCAGGUUCUCAUAAUUGCAAUUUCAAUGCAUUUUGUAACAAUAAUGACGGUUCUUUCAAUUGUACAUGCAAAAAUGGUUACUUUGGAAAUGGGAGAGACUGCCAAGAUGUCAACGAAUGCAUUAUAGGAACUCACAAUUGCCAUCAAAAUGCCUACUGCAACAAUACUGAUGGGUAUUUUAAUUGUACAUGCAAACAAGGCUACUCAGGAAAUGGAACAGACUGCCAAGGUUAG